AGAAGGAGGAGGGGGGUGCUUGGGCGCGUGCGAGCCCAGCAGAGGUGAAGAAGAGGAAGAUGAAGCUGAGCGCGGAGGACGGGAGGAAGAGCGCAGACGGGCUGGCUGGCUCGCGCGCUCGCGAGGGCUGCGCUCGUCUGUCGCGUGCGGGAGAGGCGGCACAGGGAGCGCGCAGCCCGAGCGGAACAACAACACGGCGGCCGCUUUUCGAAGCUCGCGGCGGGCCGCGUCGUAGCGGAAACUCCCAACUUUUUGUUUUUACACCCGCCGCGGACUGCGCGUGCUGUGGCGUCGCGAGCCUUUGUUCGGCGGCGUGGCGGCGCGCGAGGACGAAAGACGUCGCAGGCAGCGCUCUUGAGAAUUGGCUCCGGGCUUUUUUUUUUUUUUUUUGCUCGGGGGUCGCGUAGUGUCUUAAUAAAGGAAGAAUGGCGGCCAACAUGUACAGAGUCGGGGAUUACGUCUUCUUCGAAAACUCUUCAAGCAACCCUUACCUUAUCCGCAGAAUAGAGGAACUCAACAAGACAGCAAAUGGCAACGUGGAAGCCAAAGUUGUGUGCCUGUUCAGAAGAAGAGACCUCUCCAGUGCUCUCAACGCACUAGCUGAGAACAAUGCAAGAGAAUUCGAAGAGGAUUCCAAGCAACCCCUUUUUUCAGAAGCCCAGAAGCAUCAGCUGAAGCACAGGGAACUUUUCCUGUCCCGCCAGUUUGAGUCCCUGCCUGCGACACACAUACGUGGAAAAUGUAAUGUUACCCUCCUGAAUGAAACAGAUUUGCUGUCAGGGUAUCUGGAGAAAGAGGACUGUUUCUACUACUCGCUGGUGUUCGACCCUGUGCAGAAGACCUUGCUGGCAGAUCAGGGAGAGAUCAGGGUUGGCUCAAAGUACCAGGCAGAAAUUCCGGAGAGGUUAGCAGAAGGUGAGUCGGAUGGACGUGUCCUGGACAAGCUAGAGACCAAGGUGUGGGACCCAGACAACCAGCUGAAGGACUCACAGAUUGACCAGUUCCUGGUGGUGGCACGAGCCAUAGGGACCUUUGCCCGCGCACUGGACUGCAGCAGUUCCAUCCGUCAGCCCAGCCUGCACAUGAGUGCAGCCGCUGCCUCCAGGGACAUCACACUGUUCCAUGCCAUGGACACACUGCAGAAGAAUGGUUAUGACUUGGCGCGAGCCAUGUCAUCACUGGUGCCUCAGGGCGGACCUGUGCUUUGCCGUGACGAGAUGGAGGAAUGGAGCGCCUCGGAGGCCAUGUUGUUUGAGGAUGCGCUGGAGAAGUACGGCAAGGACUUCAGUGAUAUCCGACAGGACUUUCUGCCUUGGAAGUCUUUAGCUAGCCUUGUCCAGUUCUACUACAUGUGGAAAACCACAGACCGCUACAUCCAGCAGAAGAGACUGAAGGCAGCAGAAGCAGAUAGCAAGCUGAAACAGGUUUACAUCCCUACCUACACCAAGCCGAACCCCAACCAGAUCUUGGCAGCUGGCAGCAAAACUGGAAUGAAUGGGACAGCCGGUCUCCAGAAGGGCCUGAGCUGUGAGAGCUGUCACACUCUCCAUUCCCCACAGUGGUACGCCUGGGGGCCUCCCAACAUGCAGUGCAGGCUGUGCUCUGUGUGCUGGAUUUACUGGAAGAAGUACGGAGGACUCAAGACUCCCACGCACCUAGAGGGGAUUUCACGGGCUAGCUCAGAUGCAGCAUCCAGAGGUCACUUGACACGGCAGGAAGUGCAGGACAUGUCUCCCUUUGCAAACACUGCAGGGCGGGCAAAACUCCUGGCCAAGAACAGGCAGACUUUUAUUCUUCAGACUACCAAGCUUACCCGGAUCGCGCGUCGCAUCUGCCAUGACAUCCUGCAGCCUCGACGGGCAGCACGUCGUCCCUAUGCUCCCAUUAAUGCCAUUGCUGUGAAAGCUGAGUGUAUGAUCAGGCUUCCUAAAGUGCCGAAGGUUCCUUUGAAGGUCAAGACUGCUUUGCGACUGUCCCUUGCUGCUGUAGUCAAGGACCUAGCUCUCCAGGCCCCUCUGAAGCUGAAGGCUCAGAGGAGCACCCCAACACCAAUUAAUCGUAACCAGGUCAAUCAUCCCCGUGGGGCCCCCAGCCUGCUGGGCAAGAGGCCCUUUGACACUGUUGGAGGGCUGCAGCUGUCUACCAGUGGCAGGACACUCGUGGCAGGAAUGCGAAGUGCCAACCAGUCGGUGAUCAAGAGACCGAAGGUCAGCCACGGAGACUCUCCCAACCCUUUGGUUUUUGUGGCCACGAAAGACACAAGGGUGCUGAGGAAAGCUCUGACCCAGGCGGAGAUGAGACGAUCAGCCAGGAAGCCUUACCUCCCAGUCAAGGCAAAACUGCCACUGCCUCCUCGGCAUAUGCCAGCCGUUACCAAUGAGCCUAUUGUGUUGGAGGACUGACCACGCAGUGCGUCUGUAGCCGCAUGUGUGAAAAGCCACUGCUGAUCUUAGUGUUAACUUUAUUUUAAUUCUGCUGUCUUCUCUAGCAUUCCCUAAAACUAUCCACCUGAUUUGACUACGCAGAGUGAUGUAUUCUCUUUUUUUCUCUCACAUGCACACACUGACACCACUGACCAGCGGUCGUUCUGUAAAAUGUGCCCCCCGCCUUCCUGAAGCUCAGCUGUAUCAAAUCAGGAAAUUAGUUGUAAAUUCUUCUGUUUUUUUUUUUUUUCUUGUACUGUUUUUACAAGCCAUCCCAGGUGUGGAACCUGUUCUGAGAGGUUCAGUUCGCACUUAAGAUGUGUCUGUUACUCAGAUUUUGCAGGAGCCUUUUUUUUUUUUCUUCUUCAUUCCCCUUCAUACUGAGAAGAUGGGAAGAUUUUUCUUAAAGUUAAAAUCAAGUAUUUCAUGUCCUACAUUAUUUAAAAUGUUACUCGUUUCCAAAUUGUCCUAUCCGCGGGAUAUCUAAAUUGUGGACUAAUCUAAAUUUGGUUUGAAUUGUCACAUUUUAUUUAACAAAUGGUACGGUUUUGGUUUAAGACCUUAGAUGAAAAGAGAAAAUGACUUACAGAAUGGAUUAGCAGGGGCAGAAGGCAGAAAGCCUGCUUUCACACGUAGAGCCAAUCCUGUUUGCUCCACUAUUAUUGUUUGGUCCUCUCACCUUGUACAUUUAGUUUGGCGUUUCUUCCUGAAGUGUGCAAGGACUUGGGUCACUGAUGCAGGUUUGGUGAGGUCCCAUCAAAGUAAUAAGGAACUGAUGAAUUCUGGCUACUUUAUGGUGUGACUUAUUUUUGACCUUUGCAAACACCAUUGACCAAAGUACACAGUAGCUUUUAUUUCCAGGAAGUGUUUAUGGAAAAAGUGGUUUGGUUUUAGUGACACAUGAGGGGACGCUGUCGCAGGCCACUAUGACUCCAACUGAACUGUGUGGACACGCGAGACAGCCGUGCAGCGGUGUGGAGGCUGAUUGUAAAGGCUUGACACUCUUCUAUACACACUUCUCUCUAUGCCAAAAUAAAGUGCAAAACUACAAGAUGGCAAUUCUCCAUAAAGCUGUACUUUCUGCUGAAUUCAAAGGCUCUGAAGGCUUCAUUGCAGGAUUAUACACCUGCUGAUAAGGAUGAUGGACUGAAUUUUUUUUCCCCUUAAAUUUUUAUAAAGCCCUAAUAGCUUAUGUCUGCCACAGAAAAUUGGUUUGUAUGACAGUGACCAUUAAAGCCAGUGGUGGUGAUUCACAUUCCUUGACCAACAUAUUCUGUGGUUAAUUUUAGUGCAGAAACAGCUGUUUAAAUGCUUGGAUUUUCAGUUUAAUGUAGCAUGGUAGGAUAGUCAUUUUUAAUCAAAAUGAAGUAAAAAGUUGAUGUUUCUAAAACAAAUGUAGUGUUGAUAGUAAACAAUCUGAAAAUUCAGUUACCAUUGGAAAGGUUUUUUUUUUUUUUUUUUUUUUUUUUACCAGUUUUCCCUGUUUUCUGGGAAAACUGUUGUCUCCAGUUCUCUCUUGUUCAGGAUUGUUUUUACUCAGUUGAUGAGGCCACAUUGAGCCUUAUGAGGAAAUCAUGGAGAAUCACCACUGGCCAAGUGAACUGUGCAGUGCGAGACAUUUAGAAAGAGGACUCCCGGUGCAGGGAAACAACCUGCAGGCACCCGGUGUGACUGGAGGGUAUUAUGAUUAUUUCUACCUGGAAAUAGUGGCAUUUUGCUGUAUAUUAUACUGGAACUUUAACUCGCAGCCAAUGGACUCCAGUUGGCUGUGAGACUUUGGACUGAGUGGAUUUGUGAGCUGAAAUAUUCCAGUCCUGCAAACUUUUUAGUAAACUACUAAAAGUAUAAUUAUUUCAGAUUUUAUUUACUGUUACAGAUGUGCUUUGUUUUCUGGGACAAAAGGACAAUUUUCUAUGUUGUAUAAAUUUUCUGCAAUUAACUGCAUUUUUUGCAAAUGUUUUUUGUAUUGUCUACCAAUAAAUGUAUCUUGAAGUAAAAUCUUUUAAUGCUUAAUAUUAGUUCUGUAUGAUAUUGAGUCUAUACUGGAAUGGUUGCGGAAGCAUGGCAGCACAGCAGGUUCAACCAGUGCCCGCUGUGUGGUGGGUGUGGGGUUCCA